CAGCUGCCCAGGGCCCCUCGAGGAUGUCGAGCCGGAAGCCGCCAGGAGGCUCUGGAGGAGCUGACGAAGUCACAACAACAGCAGCAGCAGCAGCUGCCCCCCUGGACGACAAUGCCAAUGCCAGCGUGGAGACUACGGCCAGCAGCGAGGAGCCAUCAGAGGGCGUCGGAGAAGAACUGGCCCUCAUUAGCAAAGGAAGCACCCCAACGCCGCCAGUGGAGGCGGCCAAGGAGCCACCGGCAGCAGCAGCUGCCUCAGAGGUGGAAUGUGAAAAGGAGCAGGAUGCCAAGGACUCGAUUCCAGCCCCUAAAACGCCUAGGUCCACGCCCACGCCAACGCUCACGCCGGUGGUCACGCCCAGCAGCAGCAGUGAUGGAGUGGCGGCCAAGAGCGUGAGGGUUACCCGGCACUCGUCGCCACUGCUCCUACUCAGCUCGCCCACGACCAGCAGGCGUGAGGCCGGCGACGGAGCACUGGACAGCAACGAGGAGCCAACGGGUUCGGGCGGCCAACGGAAAAGCUCUGUGGAGCGAUCCGUAGUGCCGGUCAUACGAGGACGCAAGUCCAUUAAAGAGAUGAAAGAAGCCAAAGAAGUCAAACCCGAGGAGACGCCAGCCGUGGCAGCAGAUUCAGGAGCUGCAGUUGCAACUGGUCAGUCCAAGGAGGAGCAGGUCGGCGAGGGAAAUGAACUGGAAUCCCUGACAGCUGCGGACAAAAAAGACCACAAAGAUAUAAAAGACAAGGAGGAAGAGCGCCAAAAGGAAGUAAGUUCUGAGUCAGAAAUAAAAGAGAAGGACAAAUCCGUGGAGAAAGAAAAAUAUACGGAGAAAGAAAAGGCUGCAGAUAAAGAAAAAGAUGUAGAGAAAGAAAAAGAUAGCGCUGCCAGUAAAGAUGCAGAUAAAGAUAAGGAUAAGGAGAAGGAAAAGGUUAAGGAGGCACUGACUCCAGUGGCGCCGAUAGCGCCGGUGACACCAACUUGCAACCGCGUUACCCGCAAAUCACACGCCCAGGAGCAAGUGGUCAACACGCGGGUUACGCGUAAUCGGCGCCAGUCCUCCACCGUUGGAGUCAUUCUCGCCUCCGCGUCCCUGGCAGCCACAAAUUCCUCCGUCACAGAGCAGCCGCCACCUUCUCGCGGCCGCCGGAAGAAGCCAGUGGCUGUGGCUCCACCUCUGGAGUCUGCGGUGAAGCGAAAGCGAUCCCUAGAUGCCGAAGUCGACCCGGAGGCCUCCAGCAGUGCGAAAUUCAGCAAGGUAGAAGUAGUUAAGAUCGAGGAGGUGGAGGCACCAGGUGAUGAGGACUCAACUGCUGUGUCCAUCAAACAGGAACCUGUUGAUGCCAGCGAGAUCAGCUCUAUUUCUCCAUCAGUCACGCCCACUCCCACACCUACGCCAACGCCUGCUCCGAUAUCGGGCAGCCGGCGGGGACGUGGACGCCCGCAGAACAGAAACUCCUCCUCGCCGGCGGCGGCCACUACGCGAGCCACGCGACUCAGCAAGGCAGGAUCACCGGGCAUCCUGACGCCAGUGGCCCAAGAACCGGGGCCACCAAAGCGGCGGCGAGUCGGCUCCACAACACGGAAGACUGCCUCGGCCAGCUCACUGGCUCCCAGCUCGCAGGGCGGCGCCGGCGAUGAGGACUCCAAGGACAGCAUGGCCUCGUCCAUGGAUGACCUGCUAAUGGCCGCCUCGGACAUCAAGCAAGAGAAACUCACGCCGGACUUUGACGACAGCCUGUUGCCAGAGAGCCUGCCCUCCACUUCCGGUGCCUCGAGCGCCAAUGGUCAUUCCUGCAUCGAACCGCUCACUGUGGACACAGAGAGCAUCAACAAGCCCGCCGAUCCCGAGAUGAAACCAAAGCAGCUGCCAGCGGCAACAGCCGAGGAAUCCGCAUCGCAAACCGCCACUCAAUCUGCCACUGUGUCCGCAGCAGCGGGGAAGGCUCCAUCGCUUAGUCCUGAGAUGAUUAGCGAGGGCGUGAGUGCGGUCAGCGUGCGGAAGUUUUACAAGAAGCCCGAGUUCUUGGAAAACAACUUGGGCAUUGAAAAGGAUCCGGAGCUGGGUGAAAUCGUCCAGACGGUGAGCAGCAAUGACUCGGAAGGGGAUGCGAAGAUGCUUGUUGACGGCGAGGUGAAUCAGUUGGAUUUCCCUCUGCCACAAAUCAAGGAGCACCAUGCCAAGGAAGAGGAGCAAAAAUUGGAGCCUGGAGCAGAAAAAGAGCUCGAUGAAUGUCUUCCUGAAAUGAUGGCUGAAGGUACUUUUGGUGUUCCAGCUGACAUCACAGUUCAAAUUAUUUCCGAAGCAGAAGAAGACACAUGUUCAAACAGCUCUUUGAAGGCAGGUGAGCUCCGCCUGGACGAGAGCAACGAUGAGCCCGAGCUCGUGCUGGACGAUGGCCUCGUAAUCAAUGGCGAUGAGGCCCAAGAUCAGCCGGAGGAAAGGCUAUUCCCUUCAGAAGAAUACGACGACCUCGACCACGAGAUUAUGGAGGAGCUGACCAAGGAGGGUGUACUAGAUGCUAGUGGCAAUGCAUUGAGCCAGCAAAAGGUCCUAAUGCAGCAAGCCGAGGAUGAUGCACUCGCCCAAGAACCGCAAAGCUCUGCCGGCGAGGAACCGGUGGAUGGUUCGCCAUCCAAGGAACCCUCGCCAGCGGACGAAAUGGUGGCCAUGGAGGUGGAGGAAUCCUACAUCGACAUUAAGCAGCAGACGGAUCAACUAUUAGCAAACCACUUGGCGGAAGAGGCCGCCACGGAUGCGGAUUGCGGCCCCGAGGAUAACAAGGAGAACCUGUCCACAUCUGCCACCAGCACAGCUGCCGAGGGUCUGGACAUCCAGUUGGACCUAAAGGAGGAUGAUGACGAGGAAAAACCGCUCGCAGCGAUAGCUGCUGAACAGAAACCGGAGCUGCUACUGGCCAAGGAGAUGGAGGAGGAAGAUGAAAAACCCAAUGGCAAGCAGGAAUCGAUCUGCGAUGAGCACCUGCAGCAGGAGCAAGAAAACCAUCUGCAGAAUCUGCGGCAGGAGCAGGAAAUCCACCUGCAGAACCUGGGUCUACUCACACACCAGGCCGCCGAACAGAGGCGUAAGUUUCUCCUCGAGUCACAAGCUCGCCAGGCGCAAAUGCAACUCCAGCAGCAUCACCAUAACCAGCACAAGCGUCAGGCGGCGCGGGGAGGAGGCAGUGCGACGCAUGUGGAAUCCAGCGGUACUCUGAAGACGGUCAUCAAGCUGAACAGGAGCAGCAAUGGAGGUGUGGGCGGCAGUGGUGGCCUGCCCACGGGUACUGUUAUCCAUGGCGGCAGUGGCUCCUCUUCCGCGUCAUCCACAUCCUCCUCAUCGGUGGGCAGUGCCACACGCAAAUCAAGCGGUGCUUUGGCCUCGGGAGCGGGAGCAGGUGCUGGAGUCCGCCGGCAAUCGCUCAAGAUGACAUUCCAGAAGGGUCGGGCUCGUGGUCACGGGGCUGCGGACCGAUCCGCCGAUCAGUAUGGCACCCACGCCGAGGACUCCUACUACACGAUUCAGAACGAGAACGAAGGUGCGAGAAAGUUAAUUGUAGCCACUACUGGUAAUCCCGGCCGCAAGACCAAUAACCGUUUCAGCUCGACUAACAACCACCACUCCACGGUAGCCUUGCACGGUAGCAACUCUGCGGUCCAGUACUAUUCGUCGCACUCGGAGAGUCAGGGCCAGACGGAGCACGGUUUCUACCAGAUGGUCAAAAAGGACGAAAAGGAAAAGAUCCUUAUUCCGGAGAAGGCCUCUUCGUUCAAGUUCCACCCGGGGCGGCUGUGCGAGGACCAGUGCUACUACUGUAGCGGAAAGUUCGGACUCUAUGACACCCCCUGCCACGUGGGUCAGAUCAAGUCGGUGGAGCGCCAGCAGAAGAUCCUAGCCAACGAGGAGAAGCUUACGGUGGAUAACUGCCUGUGCGACGCCUGUUUCAGGCACGUCGAUCGGCGAGCGAAUGCUCCAUCCUACAAGAAGCGUCUGUCGGCCCCAGGUCACCUGGAGACGGGGGUGGGCGGCUCCGCGGCGGCGGCGGCCCUAGAGAAGCACUUCGCCGGCGACAGUGGUAGUGUUAUUCCGGAGGUGGCCGGAGGAGAGGCGGGCUCUUCGGCAACGGGAGCCGCGCAGCAUCGCUCCUGUGCAGUCAAGGACUGUGUGGAGGCGGCAGGACACUCGCUGCGGCGCAAGUGCAUCCGCAAGAGCGUGAAGAAGUUCCAGCUCAGCCUAGAGAUUCCCGCUGGCUCCUCGAUCGUAUGGCUGUGCGAGGCGCACUACAACACGGUCAUCCAAUUCUCUGGCUGCGUACUGUGCAAGCGGAGGUUGGGCAAGAACCAUAUGUACAACAUAACCACGCAGGACACAGAUCGGCUGGAGAAGGCGCUGUCCGAGAUGGGCAUCCCGGUCCAACUUGGCAUGGGCACUGCCGUCUGCAAGCUGUGCCGCUACUUUGCCAAUCUGUUGAUGAAACCUCCGGAUAGCACCAAGUCCCAGAAGGCGGAGUUCGUCAAGAACUACAGGAAGAGGCUUCUCAAGGUGCAUAAUCUGCAGGAUGGCAGUCACGAGGUGUCCGAGGCGGAUGAAGAAGAGGCCCCCAAUGCGACGGAGUCGGAGAGGGCAACCACAGACGGGCAGGAGGAUGCCGAGAUGCCCAUGGUCGUGGACUAUGACGGUCCAACCGACUCCAAUUCCAGUAGCUCUUCGACCGCAGCCCUCGACAGCAGCAAGCAAAUGUCAAAGCUCCAGGCCAUCCUGCAGCAGAAUCUUGGCGCAGAUGCAGCAGGUGUUGCGGGAGCAGGAUCAGCAGCUGCAACCGGAGGUGCCGGAGGAAGCGGCUCUGGAGCAGAUAUCUCGAAUGUGCUCCGCGGAAAUCCGAACAUUUCGAUGCGUGAACUGUUCCACGGCGAGGAGGAGCUGGGCGUGCAGUUCAAGGUGCCGUUCGGCUGCAGCAGCAGCCAGCGGACGCCGGAGGGCUGGACUCGGGUGCAGACCUUCCUGCAGUACGACGAGCCGACGCGCCGCCUCUGGGAGGAGUUGCAGAAGCCGUACGGCAACCAAAGCUCCUUCCUGCGUCACUUGAUCCUGCUGGAGAAGUACUACCGCAACGGAGAUCUCAUUCUGGCACCGCACGCCUCCUCCAACGCCACGGUAUACACGGAAACUGUCCGCCAGCGUCUGAACUCCUUCGACCACGGUCACUGUGGAGGAUUGGGCAGCACAGGCAGUCCAUCUUCCUCAGGCUCCAGCAAGCGCAGCGGGAUUCCCCAGCCCGCGGGCUCCAGUGUACUGGCCACUGCCCUCACAACGCCCAUGACUAGCCAUUCGUCCUCCUCCGCGUGCAUUUCAUCCGAGCAGAAUGCAUCAGCUGAUCCCAUUAUUCCGCUUGUGGAGCUCAACGAUGAUGACGAGGGCGUGGAUCUGGCAGGAGGAGCGGUCGAUGGACAGUCGAGUGCUAGGCAGGAGGAAUCACUUUUGGAAAGCCUUAGCACAGUCUCGGUGCACAAGUUGACCAAGCAGCUCAGCUCGAAUGCGGUGACGAUCAUCGCCCGCCCCAAGGACAAGUCGCAACUCUCGUCCAACAGCGGAUCCUCGACGUCCAUUUCCAGCUCUUCGUCUGCCGUUUCCUCGCCGGAGGAAGUCGCCGUCACCAAGGUCUCCGCUGCCGCGCCCGCACAGUCCAAGGAUGCACCUCCACUGGUGCCCGCAGGUGGCAACAGUCGCAGUAUCCUAAAGACCAAUCUCCUGGGCAUAAACAAAGCCGUGGAAAUUUUGCCGCUAACCCCCGCCUCGCACGCAUCCACCUCAACGUCCUCUGCUGCUUCAUCUAAAAACUUCCUUACAUCCAUCGCCUCCCUGGCCAACAAGUCAACGGCAAGCCAUAUACCAGAGAAGCAGCAAAAGAUUCUCGACGUGGCCAACAAGCUGCUCAGCAGCCAGGGCGAACCGGUUUCCACAGCCUUGCAGUCAAAGCUGAAGCCACCGAUGCAUCAGCAGCAGGGCGUAGGAUCAGGAUCAGAAGCGGGAACCAGUGGAGUGCAGAAACCUCCUAAUGUCGCCCAACUGCUAAGCUCUCCUCCAGAGCUAAUCAGUCUCCAUCGCCGGCGGACGAGCGGAGCAGCAGCAGCAGGAGCAGGAGCGGCGCCCAACAGCCUACUCGGCAACCUGCCGGGCAAGAGGCUGCAACUUCCACGAUCUGGAGCAGGGCCUUCAGCAGGAUCGGGAACGGUCGCUGGACCAGCGGGAAGCCGAGCCGCGGGUUCAUCAGCGCCGCCUAAUGUGGUCAUACUCCCGGACACCCUAACCGCCCAGGAGCGGCACGAGAGCAAGAGCUGGAAGCCCACGCUGAUACCGCUAGAGGAUCAGCAGAAGGUGCCAAACAAAUCGCACGCUCUCUAUCAGACCGCCGACGGUCGACGGCUGCCCGCUCUGGUUCAGGUGCAGUCCGGUGGCAAGCCAUACCUCAUCUCCAUCUUCGACUACAACCGCAUGUGCAUCCUGCGCAGGGAGAAGCUGCUGCGCGACCAGAUGCUCAAGGCCAACGCCAAGCAAAAGCCGCAGAACCAACAACAGGCACAGGGACAGGCGCAUCAUCAACAGCAGCAGCAGAACUCCGCCGCAUCGGCGACAGCCUUCUCCAACAUGGUGAAGCUUGCUCAGCAGCACACGGCUCGUCAGCAGCACACGGCGCGUCAGCAGCUCCAGCAGCUGCAGCAAAAGCAGCAGCAGCAACAGCAGCUUCCCACUUUGCAACCAGGAGGAGCAGCGGCAGCGGCGGCGGGAGCGGCUAUCAGACUUGCCCGACUGGCGCCGAAGCCAAUGCCUCCACUGACUAAUCCUCAGAUUGGCAGCCAGGCGCCUAGCUUUCAACCGUUGUUGCCCAGCCCACUGGACAACAGCAACAACUCUUGGCUGUGGAAGAACUUUCCCGAUCCCAAUCAGUACCUGCUCAACGGAAAUGGAGGAGGUGCCGGGAGUUCCGCCAGCAAGUUGCCACAUCUCACGGCCAAACCGGCCACGGCAACGAGCGGCGGCGGAGCAGGCGGCAAAUCGGCUGGAAGCCUGUUCACCCUCAAGCAGCAGCAACAGCAGCAGCACCAGCAGAAGCUCAUCGAGAACGCCAUCAUGUCGAAGAUACCUAAGAGUCUGACGGUGAUUCCGCAGCAGAUGGGCGGCAAUGCCGGUGGCGACUUCGGUGGCAGCAGCUCCCCGGCAAGGACUGAUGACGGCGAAGGAGGCCACCAUGGCCAGGAGGAGGAGGAGGAGGAGGAGGAGGAGAUGGAGAAGGAGCAGCUGUUUUGGUGGGCACCCGGCGCAGCAGCAGGAUCAACAAGCAUGCGGCGAGCAGCAGUUCAAGCGUCGCCGGCGAGCUACAGAGCACGAGGUAACCGGCGGUAGCUCCAUGGAUAUCACAAACUCCACAAUUCCAUGGCUGCAGUAGAAUAAGUGAUACACUAAAAAACACAAUGGACGGUCAGACAGAUGCAACAGAUGAGAAAUCACGAUAUUUGUAAGAUUACAUAACGUUGUUUGUGUAUAAACGAGAUACGGUUACGAAUACGAUUACACUAUAAGCAAACCCCACUAGUUAGGCACUUGCGCAGAUGCCACAGAUGCAUGAAACGAUGGAACAGAUAUGGCUGCAGAUGCAUUUGCGAAUGCCAAUGCCGAUGCCGAGGCGAAUGAGGAUGCGGAUACGGAUAGUUAGAGAUACCGAGACCCCUUAUUCUAAACUAUGCUACUCUAUUAUUGUAGACUUACACUAUAUUUUUUUAAUUAGAUUUACGGGCAUAAUAAGCGAUUCGUGUAUUAUAGAUACCAAAAUUGCUAGAGCUAAACGGUUUAUAGAUUUAUAAGAGACCCUAAAACACACACACACCUACUGCUGCUACACAAACACACUCACACCCCGCACACACACUACUUUAGGAGAGAGUGCAGCACAACAAUUGAAAUUGUGGCCGAGAAGCUGUACCAACUGCUGCUGCUGAUCCCAGGACCGGAAACUGGAACUGGAAGCAGGAUGUCCCGAAGCCCCAGUUUUGUUUUUUUUUUUGCUUUUAAACAAGUCCCAAACCAUCCCAGAAGCGUUUUCAGCACACUACUCACAUGGCAAAUGGCAAUCCAAUCCCGCACAUAGAAAUCGAUUCGUUUGAUGUAGACUCCUAAUUUAUAACCAUUUUGUAUUUCCAUUUAUACAUCAACUAGACGACCCCCCCACUCACUCAGAUACAGAUACACAUAAUUUUAUGGACCUCUAACAUUGACUCGUAAACUGUAAAUAUUUUAAUGGAAACAACAGAUAAAUACAAAAACUGCAAAAUACAAACUAAAAUGCUAAUUGAACCCCGUGAACCACAAUCAAAUUGAUCGAUGUUCUCGUUAUCGGUGCCUCCGGUGGCCUCUGUUCCAUUCCAAGGAAUGCUAAAACUGUAGCUGCCUAAGCAAAGCAAGAUCGCAAGAUCUGGUAGUGAAGCGAAAUUAAUUUGCAAAUUUGAAAUGACAAAUUGAAAAGCUUUCUCGCCUCGAAAAAUAUACACUAUAACAAUAAAAAGAAAAUGAUAUACUUAACACCCAGCACACAUAUACACACAUAUAUGGAAUAUAUAUACACACGAUAUAGAUAUUUUAGAGCGAUGGCGAGAGAUACAAUUGUAAAUUAGUCCGUUAAGCAUAGAUAUAUUUAUACACAUAUGAGAAUUCAAUUGUUGUUGUUGAGACAUUGAAAAUGUAUUUAUAAAGCGGAAGUUGAUUGAUAUCAUGCAAACCAAGAGACGCGAAAGAAACCAACUUUGGCGAGCCAAAGUUUCUAUACCCUUGCAGUAAUACACCCGGAUGUUUAGGAAGAAGUCAGAAAGUGUCGAAAGUACAAAGCUAGAAAGAGCGACAAUCCUUUGUUUCAUGUUGUAUCUUAAACCACAAAGAAGUUAGUUCGAGUGAAUUAGUCUUCCCAGUUUGACGCACCUCACACGAUCUCCCAAUAACCGUUCUAAACGACAACCUCUCAAAUCGCAUGUGAUUAUCUUUAGAAGUUGCUGUAGUCUUAGGAUAAAGUUGUCCGAUUUCAAAACUGUUCUCCACAUGACCGUAAACAUGAUAAACUUUCCAAGUUCCUGUAGUAACCACUAGAGCAGAUCAGGAAGAUUGAUAUUAUAGAGAGGAGACCUCUGCAAGGGUAUACAAAAGGAAUGCUUAGCCCUACGUGCUUGGUGCGAAUAGGAGCUGGAGGAGAAGAGCAGUUCCCAGGACCUCUCUCUGACGACCAUGAUGAACAUACAUAGAUUGCCUUGAUCGAACCUGGUUUUGUGAAGCCGCAUGGAAAAGCGUGUGCCUGUGGGUGAUUUGGCGCGUGCGUGUGUUUGUGCUGUGUUUAUGUAGUACUUUGUAGCUGAUAGAUCAUUCGAUCCAAACACAUUUUAUAAUUACAACCUAUUUAUGCAAUUAUUUUUAAAAGAUUAACAAAAAUCAAAAUUUCAACGAAUCAAGAAAUAAAUUUCCCCAUGUCCAGCUAAGAAA